UCCAUGCGCUCUCUGCCUAAUCUCAGUCUUCGGCAGCCAAAUUAAAUAGUGCUGUUUUUGUGAAGUGACUUUUAGACUUUCAUCUUCACAUAUCUCGCCACUCGCGAUGUAGCCACUGAGCUACGUAUACCAUAAAGAUCUUCGGCCUGAAUAGCAUUUGAGACAGACCGCCAAUAUACGUGCUCCUUAUUUCCACAUUCUGCGCUGUAAAGAAACAUGGCCUGGAUCUAUCCAGUUAUCUGGCUGCUUUGUGUGUAUGAGUGUUGGGGUUUAGCGAUCCCCCGCACCCCCCCCGAGGCACCGCUGCACGGGCAGCUGCAGUCGCCCCUGUACCCACAGCCGUACCCCGCCUCGCUGUCCGAGCAGUGGGACCUCUCCGUCCCGGAGGGCUACAGAAUCAAACUCACGUUCCUCCACCUGGACGUGGAGUCGUCGCAGGACUGCUACUACGACUCCGUGACGGUGAUGUACAAGAGGAAAGUGCUGGGAAAGUUCUGCGGUCAGAAGAAUUCCAUAGAGGGUCAACACCCUGGCAACGAACCCAUCCUGUCUCCGGGCAACCAACUUGCUGUAGUCUUUCAGACGGAUGAUUCAAAUGCUGGGCCCCACCAGAACAUUGGCUUCUCUGCCUUCUACCAGGCAAUAGAUGUGGACGAGUGUGCCCUGCCCGAACCGGACGACGACUCUGGACCCCUGUGCUCUCAGAUCUGCCACAACACCCUGGGCUCUUACAUGUGCUCCUGUCACCAUGGCUACGAGCUCAGACCUGACCAGCGCACCUGUGACUUGCAUUGUGGAGGGGGUCUUUUCUCUGAGCCAGAGGGUGUGAUGUCCAGCCCAGGAUACCCCCAGCCCUCUCCCCAUGGACUGGCCUGUCAGUACCACAUCUCAGUGGAGCCUGGAUUUAUUGUGACUCUCAAUUUUACUGGGCUGUUCCACAUAGAGUCUCUAGAAGGGGAUAGCCAAAAUUGUCCCUUUCACUGGCUCCAGGUGUCGGUCCCAGGGAAAGACCCCAUGAAGCUGUGCGGGCAGAAGAGUCCAGGAGUCAUCCGCACUCAGUCCCACAGCGUCGAGCUGGCCUACCACACGGACCAGCAGGGCCUGAGUUUCGGCUGGCACCUGCAGUACAGCACACAGAGGGUGCAGUGUGAGUCUCCAAAUGGAAUUGCCAAUGGUAAAGUUACCCCAAACCUUCCCCAGUAUCUCUACAGGGACUACAUCUCCGUGCUGUGUGAUGUUGGCUACAAGUUAAUGAUGGGGGGUGAAGAGAUUCCAAGCUACUUCUCAACAUGUCAGAAUGAUGGCCAAUGGCACAUUCCUCUCCCUGAGUGUCACAUGAUUGACUGUGGGAAUCCAAUUGCCUUGUUGAAUGGAAAGAUAUCAUUCCUGUCUGGAACUGAGAACAAGUACCUCUCUGUCAUUCAAUAUCACUGCAAUGACCCAUAUUAUUCCUUGGCAAAUGGGGCAAUAGUAAACUAUACAUGCACAGCAGGCAGGAGGUGGAAAGACCAUCAGAGCAAUUAUAUCAUCCCCACGUGUUUCCCAGUGUGUGGCCGCCCCCAGGUCACCCUCUCGGGCCAUCAGAGGGUGCUGGGGGGUGCGGACGCACCAGCAGGAGCCGUUCCUUGGCAGGUUUAUUUAAAGAUACAUGGGUUUGGUGGAGCGUCUGUGAUUGGGGAUCAAUGGCUCCUCACUGCUGCCCACAACGUGGUGCAAAUUAAAACCAAAGUCGUCGCGAAUGCGGAGGAGAUCGAGGCAUAUGUGGGAAAGAACGAUGUCCGCGAAAACAAUGCAACUUCUCGACUCUGGAUUGCUUCGGUUCAUCCUCAUCCUCAUUAUGAUAGUUCCUCUGGCCAUAACUUCAACAAUGACAUUGCCCUGCUCAAACUUCGUGAGCCGAUCACAUUUAAUAAGUUUGUCAUGCCACUGUGUCUUCCAGCAGAGGGAGACAAAUAUGAAAGUGGGAAAAUUGGGGUGGUUUCUGGUUUUGGGAGGACUGAUCAGAACACGCUCAGUGAAACGCUCAAGUACGUAGAACUCCCUCUGGUGGACCAAUCCACGUGCAGAAAAGGCUUUGAUACGCUAGAGAAGACAGACAAGCCCAUCCCUGAUUUGACAGACAACAUGUUCUGCGCCGGAUUCUCAAUGGGAGGGAAAGACACCUGCGGGGGAGACAGUGGGGGAGCGUUCGCCAUACGGCAGCCCGAUGGGCCAUACUGGGCCGCUGGGAUCGUUAGCUGGGGUAUCGGCUGUGGGAAACGGGGGGUUUAUGGGGUCUAUACCCGUGUGAAUAAUUAUUCUGAUUGGAUCAAGAAAACAAUGAAGGCUGCAGAAUGAGGUAUACGGCCAAGCAAUUAUAGCCGUGAAGUAUAAUUUUAGUUAAAAUUGUUAAAAAUGGCAAAAUAAUAAACCACCUUUGAAAGGUAAUGUAAUCACAAGGAUUGAGAUGUCAGUACACUUGGCAAGUUGCAACACUACACACCAACAUGCAGAGAUUAUUCAAUGUUGCAUGUGAUACUUCUCAAUGUGUUAAUUCCUAGAUAAGAGAAAUAUGCUUCCUGUCUGCUGUCAGUUCUGCAUCAUGUGGUGAUCAAUGCAAUGACUGGUACCUCUUCACAGGCAGAGAGAGGGAAGGUGGUCCAUGAUGCUUGCAGUGUGCGCUAAAAAAAAGGCCAAAGAUUUUGUUUUGCUGCAUGUGUGCUUAACUGUCAACUUACUACAUACUUAUUGUGUGGGUACAAUAUCAGACAAGUGUGAUGUGUGGUUGUAGGCUGUACCAACAACAGGACAUCACAUUAUUAAACAGAUCUCAUUGAGAAUUGCAUGCAUAAUGAUGUGUAAACUUCAUUUCACAUUAAAAGCAAUGGAUCAAAGCCA